ACAGUGAAAGAUUGGCGGAGGUUCUCAACAACCACGGUCAAAUAAAUGUCCAUCCUAAAUUUACUGUAUUCAAUAGUAAAUCCUUAGGUAAAAGACGAGCCGACGCAAUUUAUGAUGGUAAUCGUGCCUUGGUAUGUAUUUAUGUCAUUAAUAGUUAAAAUAUAUACUCACUUUCCAGUCUUAUGUAGAGUCCUAAACCUCGUAUGAUUAUACCCGUAAAAAACGUAUUCAUAUGGCUAUUUUUAAUAUUCGUUUCAUUUUUAUGUAGGCUGAAUUUGAAGUGGCUGAGGGCUUCAACCGUUACCAGAUGUCAAUGCCAUCAGUACACGCUGAGCACCCUUAAGCACCUGUCCAAAGGGAAGCACCUGUCGAAAGGGAAGCAUCUGUCCAAAGUCAAGCACCUGUCCAAAGUCAGGCACCUGUCGAAAGGGAAGCAUCUGUCCAAAGUCAAGCUUCUAUCCAAAGUCAAGCUUCUGUCCAAAGUCAAGCUUCUAUCCAAAGUCAAGCUUCUAUCCAAAGUCAGGCUUCUGUCCAAAGUCAAGCUUCUGUCCAAAGUCCAGAUGAUGUAAAUAAUCAAAGAUUGGCGGAUGUUCUAAAUAACCACGGCCAAAUAAAUGUGCAUCCCAAAUUUGCUGUAUUUAACAGUAAAUCAGUAUGUAUUAAUAGUAUAUGGCAAGUUCAUAGGUAUCU